AUGUUCUGGCGGUUUGGCGGCUAUGCCAACGUGUCGGCAAUCGACUCCAUCUUGGAGAAGAGCGAGUUCACAACCGAGGAGCUCCUCGACGAGAGCGAUUUAAUACAAGAGCUGAAGCAGCACAACACAAAGCUUCUGGAAUACAUAAGGAAACGGGAAGUCCUCGAAAAGCUGCUGGAUUAUGCUGUCGCCCCAAAGCUUGAGCCCGUUGCAGUACCUGACAAGAAAGAGGAGGAUGAGAAGGGCAAGGCGCCAGCCUUCUCUUUCUCCCGUCCAAGAGCGUCAUCGCGAGCUACCGAGCCUGGCUCUGAAGAGGAGGAGGCCGAAAAGCGGCGCAACAAAUAUGCGUUCGUUGCGAGCGAGAUCCUCUCCUCGGACAACUGGUCCGUAAUUGAGGCCCUGAUGGAUGUGCAGAACAGAGAUCUACUCCACACCUUCUGGAAGUUCCUGCAAAGGCCGUCGCCUCUGGAUCCUCUGCAGGCCAGUUAUUUUACCAAGGUCAACGAGACGCUUUUUGACAAGAAGACGGAGGAAAUGAUCACCUUUCUAAAGACUGUGGAUGGCGCUGUGCCAAACAUGCUGCGCCAUGUCGAUAGCCCGAUGGUCAUGGAUCUGUUGCUCAAGAUCAUCACCCUUGAGAGGACAGAUGCGGGACAUGGCAUUGUUGAGUGGCUUUUCACCAAAGAUGUAAUGCCAUCUUUGUUGUCAUUCCUCGGCCCCGAAAACAGCUGGGCAACCCAAACAUCGGCGGGCGACUUUAUGAAGGCCAUAAUCACGGUGUCUGCGAAUGCCUCCCAGAACGAGCAAACAUGCAUCGGCCCGAAUGAGUUGACUAGACAGCUCGUGUCCAAGCCCUGCGUCGAACAACUGAUCGGAUAUAUGCUCGGAGGCGGCAAUGCGCUGACAGUUGGCGUCGGCAUCGUCAUCGAGGUUAUCCGAAAGAACAACUCUGACUAUGACCCGGAUGUGGGCGCCGAAGCAAACUCUGUACCCUCUAGUCGCGACCCGAUCUAUCUUGGGACUCUGCUCCGAAUGUUUGCUGAGGGCGUGCCCAAGUUCAUGAACUUGAUCAUGAUUGGCGAGGAGAAGCCUCAUUUUGAAUCCACUUUUGGGGAGAGAAUCCAGCCGCUCGGCUUUGACAGGUUCAAGACGUGCGAACUCAUGGCCGAACUUCUUCACUGUAGCAAUAUGGGCCUACUCAAUGAGGUUGGUUCAGAGGCCUUGAUAGCAGCGAGGGACGCAGAACGCCACAGAUUGAGGGCUCAGGGAAGCCUGACUGCCAUCCGAGGAGAGGAGGCACCUACCAGCGGAGACGAUUUGACUAUGCGCCUGGGCUCUUCGCCUCCGGAAAGACGGCUCGAAAUCACAAACAUAUCCGACGACGACGGCUUCGAGGAGGUCAUCAACGCAGCAGAGAUGCGGGAGGACACGUCUCACGAGUUCGUCAAGGCUGAGGAAGAGAUCCCUCAGUCACUUCCUGCGUCGUCAUUCCUGGAUAAGGACGAGGAUGAUUUUGUGGACGAGCCCCUCAGCUCCCCGCGACUCAAUGUCUCAGACUCAAAAGUGGAGGAGCAGCACUUUGAAGAACCCGAUAUGGUUGUUCAACCGUUGUCCCCUCGUAAAUUGGCAACCGCAGAACUGGCCAAGACCGAGCCAACAGACUCACCCGAGUCGAACCCGACCUCCCACAAAGUUACAACCACAAUUAAGGAGAUUGAAGGAAUGGUACUUGGUGGUGAGAGCGGAGACGCUCAAUCCGAUGGUUCUGAUGUGAUGAUGACCGAUGCUUCGAGCCUUCCUAUCCACACUCCCACUUCUUCCGUUUCAGAAACGGCUCCUGGGAGUCCCAAACAAAGUGAGGCCAGCGCAUCAGAUGCCAAGCCACCAGGAACAACAUCUGGACCUCUCGAGCCCCAGCCAGAGGAUAUUCCAGCCCCUCUGUUCUCCAGCUCCCCGACAAAACCGACUGCAGAUUCAACUACACAAGGUUCAUCAUCGACAUCCACCGAAGAGAAGUCCACGGACACCAAGGCUGACGAUGCCUCUGGAGGUGUCACAGCCACGACCGGUGCACAAGAAAGUGGCGAUGAAUCCAUUAUUGUCGGCCAUGAAGUCGAGCCGACUGCGACGGAUAGUGAUCAAAUCAAGCCGGUCGUAGGCGACUUUUUGAAAAUGCAGUUUGUGGACUACAAAGUCGUGCCCACAAUAUUGUCCUUCUUCUUCAAGUAUCCCUGGAACAAUUUCCUGCACAAUGUGGUAUACGACGUUGUUCAGCAGGUUUUUAACGGUCCUAUGAACAGGGGCUUCAACCCUACUCUGGCAAUCUCGCUCUUUGAGUCUGCGGACAUCACAGCGCAAAUCAUCAACGGCCAGCUUACUAGCGAGCAAUCCGAGGCCAAGACAAAGACGCGCAUGGGCUACAUGGGUCACCUGACUCUGAUUGCCGAGGAGGUUGUUAAAUUUAACGAGAGGCACCCACCGGAGUUGCUCUCAGAGACAGUGCUCGAAAAGGUCAUGUCUCCGGAGUGGAGCAACUACGUCGAGGGUCCGUUGGCGGAGACUAGGGAGCGCGACAAUGCGAUUCUCGGUGGCGUCCGGCCGGACGUGGCCAUGUCCAACAGGGCCGCUGCUCAGAGCAGCGGGCUUGCUGCGGUAGGCCUGUCCAGCUUGAGUGCCAAUUCUCAGGGCUCGUCGGCCCUAGCCGACGCUGGGUUGAACGGAGGUCUUGACCUUCAAGAGAACGGCGGUUCCAACCUGUCACAGUUUGCUAUCAGCGCAGGAACCAUGGGAGGGCUGUCCGGUUUCGGAAGCUCAAGUGACGAAGAGGAUGAUGAUCAAGAGGAUAACGACGACGACGUCGCAAAUGAGGUUAGUGAAGACUUGCACCGCGAGAACAUAAGGGAGCUUGCUUGA